CAGCUAGAGUAUCAGCUGAUGCUUCUGCCUACCCAAAUGGCUGGCACAGUACUGGGAGUGGGUGCUGGUGUGUUCGUCCUCGCCCUGCUCUGGGUAUUGGUGCUGCUGCUGUGUGUGCUGUUAUCCAGAGCCUCCGGGAUAGCUAGGUUCUCUGUCAUUUUUGUAUUCCUCGGUGCUCUGAUCAUCACGUCAGUUCUGUUACUUUUCCCCCGAGCCAGUGAACUCCCAACCCCAGAGGUCGAAAUAAAGAUUGUGGAUGCCUUUUUCAUUGGCCGCUAUGUCCUGCUGGCUUUUGUCAUCGCUGUCUUCCUUGGAGGCCUCUUCUUGGUUCUAACUCAUCAUGUCCUGGAGCCAAUCUAUGCCAAACCACUGCGGUCCUACUGAGCACUUCGGGAAAACUGUGACUCUGUUCUCUCCUUCAUUUUGAUGUCAUCACAAGCAGAAAAGGACGCUUCAGAGCCUUGUUUUGAUGGCCUUCAUGUCUUCAGACCAAGGGAACACGCAUGCACCACUAAGACAAAUCUCUUGAGCCCUGGCUUCCAGAAACAGUGUUGCAAAAUUGAUCCUGUGGGCAGAGAUUCUUACCUGUUCUUCAGGAUUUCCAUCUCUUUUGCAAGGGAAAUUACAAUAGUGACUGCUCAAAGCAGAUUUUCAUUCAAAUUGUAAGUAGUAGAUUUUGGUGAAAGGAUUUUUGAUGUCUUGUCCACCCUAAGAACCUAGUCUUGUUUGGUAAUUUUUAACAUUCUUAGUUAUGAGGUUUGGAAAGGAAAUGUAUUCAAAUUAAAAAGGUUAUUAAUGUUAUAAUUUGGAAGAUGUAUUUAUGUGUUGGGUAUAUUUCCCCAGGACUAUAAAAGCAACAGGUGUCACUUCCUUCUGCUCUAAUAAAGCAGUA